CGUUUACCAUAUCGUAAUGGCGGUAGCCUGAACUAUUUUGAAUUCUUAUCUGCUUUUCGAGGUUUACGGCGUGUCUGGGCGGUAAAAUGCCCUGUUUUGUUGGUAAAAACAAUUUAUAAGUUUACGGCUAUAAUGGAUUCUGUUGUUGGCGACGACGUGACCCUCCCCGUUGAUGUCAACGGAAGCUGCCAGCUCCCAGACUCCAUAAAUGCAGGAGAGUUUUCUUCAGACAACAUGACAGCUCCGUCCUUUCCUGAAAAGAUGUCCCCCGUCAAAGCUUUCACCAUGAAGGACUAUGAGAAUCAAAUCACAGCUCUGAAGAAAGAGAACUUUAAUCUGAAGCUUCGCAUUUACUUCAUGGAGGAGCGAAUGCAGCAGAAAUGUGAUGACUCCACUGAAGACAUUUUCAAAACGAACAUAGAGCUUAAGGUGGAGUUGGAGUCGAUGAAGAGAGAGCUAGCUGAGAAACAGGAGCUGCUUGUGUCUGCAUCUAAAGCGUUGGAAAGUCUAGCGGGUCGAGAAUCAGGAGAACCCCAGCGAGUGAGAGAGCAAGCUCAUAGGGAGAUGGGCGCAUUAAGAGAUGCAUUCAGCAAAAGGAUAGCAGAACUAGAACAGAAUUUACAGGCAGCAGAAGAAGAGAUUGGGAGGAUGGCUGCCAUUGCUGAAGAAGAGAAGCUUAAGAAUAUAAACAUGGAGAAGCAACUUCAGACUGUUGCUUCAACAGACAUCCAUCCCCCAUCUUCUCUCCCCAGAACAGUACAGGAUUUACAGCAAGCUCUACAGAAGAGUGACAAUGAAAUCAAGCAGCUCAAGAUCACCGUUAAGAACCAGGAGGCUUUGAUCCAACAGAAGAACAGUGGAGACUCACAGACAGACCCACAGUCAACCAAGCAACUCUCUGAGCUUAUUGUAGAAAAGGACCAGCAGCUUAAGGACCUGAGGGAUGAUCUUCAAAGAGAGAAAGACAAAGUGCAGCCAGACCAACAGAAGAGUGAUAUAAAUCGAUUGGAGUCCAUCAAUAAAAUGCUGACUGAAGAGGUCAACCGGGUAAAAAGCGCCAAUGAAAACAUGACAAAAACACUCGAGGAUUCACAAAAUCACAACAAGACCCUGUCUGUGACGUUGGAGGAGAAGGAGAAUGAGCUUGACACAGAGAAGAAAAACGCUCUGAAGAGAGAUAAAACCAUCCAAGGGCUUACCCAGGUCCUCAGAGAAAAGGAAAAAGAGAUUGAGGAACUUUGUCAGGAGAUUGAGGACAGGGAUGAUGCUUUGGCCAAGGCCAGAGAGGCUGCACAUAAAGCCCAACUGCAGAAAUACCAGGGAGUAGAGGAGCAUCAAAGCCUGUUAAUGGAAAAACAAACUGAGUUGGCCCAACUCCAAGGGGAGCAUCACACCAAGGUGCUCGAAGCCCAAAAACUACAGCGUGCCUUGGACAGGAAAGAACAAGAACUUGCUGAUUUGCAGCAGUCAAAGGACCAACUUGAGAUGGAACUAGAAGACAUGCAGCAACAGAAAAAGAAAGGAGACAAAGCCCUAAACGAUCUCACCAAUCAGCUGAAAAAAGUGAACGGUGAGAUGAGAGAACGGGAAAGUGCUCUGGAACAGCAGUACCAGGAGAUGCUGGAACAAGCCAAAAGAAAGCUGCACAGCCACGAAGCCACCAUCCAGAGGCUCACAACCACACUGGCUGAUAAAGAGCAGCAGCUACAGGAUUACAUAAACAUGGUCAGAGACUUGGAGCAAAGCAAAAGCCCCGGGAGUAAUGACGGCAUGCUUACCAAGCUGCGGCAAAGGCUAAAAGAAAAUGAGAGCGCCCUGGAGCAAGCUCUGGAUGACAAAUUUGCUGCCAUUGAGGAGAAAGACAAUGAGAUCCACCAGCUGCAGCUGCUGCUCAGAGAAAAGGAACGGGACUUGGACCGGCUCAAUAACCUGCUCACUCAUAAUGAGGAAACCAUCAAUAACUUUGACAGUCUUAUCAAGGAGAAAGAUGUGGAGCUGCAACAUCUUGCCAACACACUGAAGAACCUGCAGAGAGCUAAGCAAGAUGUAGAAGAUAAUCUGAACAGAUCACUGAGGGAGAAAGAUGCCAUCAUCCACCAGCUACAGCUCUCCUUAGAGGGCAAGACUAAAGAUAUGGAAGAAAUGGCAAAGAGCGUUCUGAACCACUCACAGAGUCAGGCUCAGGACCUGGCCGAGCAGAGGGGCCAGAGGUUAAAGGUCACAGAAGCAAUGCUGUCUGAGGCUGUGAAAGCCAGAGAAAGACUAAUAGAUGACAAUGAGAACGCUGUGGAGGGACUAUUGGCUACAAUUAACAGCAAGGACCAGCUUCUUAAGAAAGAUCAAAAUCAGGAAGGAUGUAAUAGACCGGAGGCCAGCAGCAGUGAUGAUGGUGAUGAUGAUGCAGGGUUUUCUCAGGAGUCUGCAGAGCACUUUAACCGCAUGCUGUCUGAGCGUGCUCAGGAGAUUCAGGAACUGAGGAAGCAGUUGGCUGAUAAGCAACAGGAGCUUGCCAAAGCUGAGAGGAAAAGCUCGUCAACAACCCAAGAGAGUUAUUUAGAGACGGCAGAACUAAGAACCCUGCUUGUGGAGAAAGACAACCUCAUUGACAAGCUUUUGCAGCGAGGUCAGGAGAGGGACAAGUUCUUGGCAGAGAUGAGUCAGAAGGUCGAUGGAGAUCACAUGUUGGAGCUCAGGCAAACAAUUCAGAUCAUGCAAGAGAAACUUGAGGAGAGAGAAGCUGACCUAUCAAGAAGAAACACCGAGGACAAUCAGGAGAACAUUCCAGUCUCCAAGAAAACAGUUGUUGUCCUGAAGAAGGAGUUGGCUCAGAAAACUGAAGCACUGAACAAAGCUCUGAAGAGGGAAAAUGAACUGAAGAUUUCUUUGGCUGAUCUCCAGUCACUGCUGUCUGAGCUCCAGGGUCGCAGUGAAGGUCAAGCUGCUAACAUCGAUUCCCUCACUGCUACACUGAAGACCAAGGAUGAGAUUAUUAAUGUUCUCCAUCAACGCCUUGGACAGGGAAGUGACAGCCGGAAUGAUUCUACUCAAGACCAUCUGAUUGGCUCCAACAUGGAUAGAUCUCUACCGGCAUUGCCUCAGAGAGAAAUAACCAUGAUAGGAGGAGACAGCCAGCAAGACGCUUUGCCCCAUCGUUCAGCCUUGCAGCAGGAGCAUGAUGCUCUAAAUAAAGCCCUGAGAGCUGAACAACAGCUGUACUCCAGUUUAGUUAGGACUGUGAAGGAGCCGGAUAGUGGCCAGCGUCUCCAUGCUCUGCAGCUGGAACUGACAGCAGUUCAGCUGCUCAGGCAGCAGCUAGAAGACAGCGUCAAAACUAAUGAGGAGCUCAGGGAUGAUUUGGAGAGAGAGAUACAGAGAGCCAAACUCAGAGAAGGUGUGGACCUCAUUGAUCCGAAGGAACUGGAGAGCAUGAGGCAUCAGCUUGAGGACGCCCAGCGCUGGAAUGCGUCCCUGCAGGCUCGCUUGGGAGCAAUUCAGAACCGUGGAGGAGGAGUUGGCGGAACCAGUGAUGGUGAAACCUUGAGUUUCAUUGGAGAUCAGACUUCUUACAUGAGUAUCUGUGUGGGAGAAGGGCCGGAUGAUAGCUUGCCUCAGCUUUCUCCUCAGGAGCUUCAGCGGAAGGUGUUGGAUUUGCAGGAGCAUGUCGCUGGGCUUCAGAGUUUAAACAAUGAGCUCCAGAGCAAAUUAUCGCAAAUGGAGAAGUCAGAGCGGGACGCUUUGGAAAGGGAAGACAAAGAUCUGACCAGCAGAAGCCGGUUCAAACAGCAGCUCGAGGAGAUGUGUGAGAGGCAGCCACAGUGUGACACUGAAAGGGAACGUCUUCGUGGUCAAGAUAAAGAGAUCCAGACAGAGACAAGCACCUUAAGAAAGACUGCACCUAGAAAUCUGCUUGGUGAUGAAAACAUGAUCAGCAGGUCCAGCCAGGGUAGAGAGUAUGCUCACUCUGACAGCACCCUGCCACACAGCGGAGACGACGACGACGGUGCAGAAAGCAACACAGAGGCUUUGGCGCAGACGUCUGACCUGGCAGGGUUAGGGUCAAACUCUAUGCAACAUCAAAGAGAGGAACUUCGAUCAGAAAAUCUGAAGUUGUGGGGUCUCCUGAAGGAACUGAAAUCCACCGAGUGUAAAGAAAAAGAGAGCGCCGAUGUCUCAGGGAGCAGCAGCGACAUGCAGGCUGAAUUAAGGAGGACUUUGGAAACGCUUCAGUCUAAUCCUAAACUCGUUUCCAUGGUCUUUAAAUCACCAAAGCAAACUACAAAGAAAUCAAGCAAAGCAUCGGCUGGCGAGACCGCCGUCACUAAUGUCAGCUCUGCAGAUGAGAAUCCAAAACCUCAAAGUAAAACACACCACAAGUCUCCAAAGCAGCAUGUCACAAGACACAGGGCUGGUGUCAAGUCUCGCCUCCCUGUGCCUGUGAGGCUCAGAGCAGAGGGCAGCACUAGCUGGCAGUCUGUGACCUCUGACCCGAUGCAGACUGACGCACAGCAACACUCUGCUGUGGAAGAUGUUUCUGAUUCUGACCAGCAGCUGCAUACCAACUCAGAUUCAGCACUGCAAACCAGCGCUUCCCCUUCCUCCACCGUCAGACAUUCACACACUAGCUGCAGCCCUGCAGAGUCAGACGGGGGCUUUGACACCAGAGCACCAGUGGAUCACACCCACAAUGAAUCUGCUCUUCUUUCCCAACUCGAGCUCCUCCACCAGGAAUGCCAGGAAAAGGAGGUCCUGAUAAAUAAGAUGAGGGAGCAGCUCAGUGAUCUAGAGGAGCUGCAUGUUCAACUGGAGGAAAAGAAGAGACAGAAUGCCCAGCAGACUGUAGCCCUGCAGGCUGCGCAAUCCACCAUCGCUUAUCUGACAGCCUGCAGUCUGGACAACCAGAGCAACUUUGGUCCGCACCCUAGUUCUGGCGCUGUGGGUUCUGACGUUGACCUCCACAGUAGAUGCAUGGCGUUGCAGAAAGCACUACAGGAGAAGGAAGAGCUCAACAACCAGCUCAUUGAGCUCCUGAGCAUGGCAGAGAAAGCCGUCGCCUCUUCUCAGAGCCAAGAUCAGGAACCUGAAACGGAUGGUCUCUCUUCAUGGAUAGAGGGUGCUUUGCAUGAGGUUCACACACACUCGCACAGACAUAGCCCAAAUCAAGCCAGCGGCCAAACUGAGAACUCUGUGCUUGAGUUGCAGCAGCAUGCAGACUCUUUGCAAAAAGCCCUUUUAGAACAAAGUAAGCUAAACGCAGAGCUCCAGGAGCAAUUAAGGGCUGCAAAUGAAGCUGCACAGCGUGACGGUUCUCAUUUAAAUGGCCCCACCUGGAGGCAAAGAGGUGGAACGACAGAGUUGCUUGAAGAUGAUGAGUCUAGGGAUGACCAAGGUGCAAAGAGAGGUUGUCAUAAUCCUGAUUUAAACCAAGAAAUGUUUAGCGUUGUACUGAAGUGCUUCAGUGCAACAGAGGCUGCUGUUUCCUCGUUAGCCGGCCACUGUAAAAACACAACCUCCCCGACCUCUGAUAAAUCAGAACUAUACGCCGACCUCCAGAAAGAUUUCGACAAUCUUCAGAGAGCUCUUCAAGAGAAAAGCAAACUGACUGAAUCUGGAGAGCACGGAAGGAGAAGCAGCAGCAAUCUGUCCGUUGCCUCAUCAGACACAAAAGGGCUGAAGCUCUAUCAGGAUCUCUGUCACCUUCACAAGGUUCUCAGUGAUUACUCUCAAAGAGUAAAUGACCUCCAGGCCUCCGCGCAGCAAGAGAGAGGUCACAGAAGAGAGGACAAGGUCCGCGGGGUCGAACACGAUGACAAGGGAUUACCACCAGAUGUUAAGCUCCAACUGGAGACGUUACAUAAGGCUCUGAGGGAGAAAAAGAAAGCAUACAAAAACCUGGAGGAGAAACUGGCCACUGCUCUUACCAGUACAUCCUCUACAGAAACUAUAAGAAAAGCAGCUCCUGAGCAGGGACACAAAAGCGUGCAGGUGGAUUUGCAGGACCUGGGUUACGAAACCAGUGGCAAGAGUGAGAACGAUAGGGAAGAGAGCAGUAGCACAGAUCUAGAUUUGGGGGUGAACCCUAGCUGCAGUGCGUCCAGCCUGCCUUCACUCUUGAAAAAUGAACAUGCCACCUUCUCCUCCACUGAAAACUUGGACUCAAACUCCAGCACUCCUUACCCAAGUUCCCCGGCUCUCAGCUCAGCCAAAGUUAGCCUGAAAAACUUACAGAUGUAUGAUGAAUUCGGGGCUUCAGAGGACCCUCUGCAGCUUCAGGCACAAGUAAGAGAGUUGAAAGCCCACCUAGAAAACCAGGCAAAGGUCAUUCUACAAAUGCAAAGCCUCCUACACAGAAACUCCCUCUCCAGUGACGUGGCUGCAAACACCUCAGAUCCGCUCACUGUCAGGGAGAAAGACGGCGCACACAAAGUGGACUGCGGUCAAGAAAGGGUCGGGCAGCCGAGUGGGAAAAAGGAGGCUGAAAACCAGUCUGCUACGGACAGAGCCGGUGUUGUGAAUAUUGACCUGUGGAAAGAGAGAACACUGAACCGGAGCACAAACGAACAGCUGCAGCAAACCCGCAGCCGCUCAACGUCACCUGCUAGGCUUGAUUCUCUGGUGAAGUCUCAGGCCAGAGAGUUGUCACAGCUGAGGGAGCAAAUCAAGGAGAGCCGCAGGCUGGGAGUGUUGCAGCGCCGCCAGCUGGAGGAGCUGAGCAAGGCGUUCAAAGACCUGCUGCACUCUGGAGAAGUGGACCACUACAUGGGGGAGGUGGUGAAGGAACAGCUGAACAAGAGUCUGAACCUUCUGGACAAGCUGGACGGCCGGCUGGACAAAGAAGAAUCUCAUCCGGUUAGUGAGGAUGUUGCAGCUUUAGAACUGUCUCGCAGACUGGCUAAGGAGUUGCAGGAGAAGAAUCGACUCAUCCAGAGCCUCCAGAGUCAGAUCCACGGUCAGACUCCCAGCAGCCAUCGCAGUUCCCAGUCCGACCUGAGCCGCUCAGACGUGACGAUUUCCUCCUGCCACAGCAGCACCACCACACAAGGCGGCAGUAGAGCGCACAGCCAGCAGCACUCUCCUGAGAACUCGGGAGCAGCCGUCUGUCCUGCAGGAGGCGCUCUGGAGAAAGGUGCGUCUCCUUUCUCCAGAAAUGCUUCCAGCAGUCUGCAGCGUCUGCAGAUGGAGAACCGGCGGCUGCAGGAGCAGCUGAAGAGCAACGAGGAGCUCAACGCCACCUUACGCAGCGAGCUGGACCUGCACUGCUCCAUUUUGGCGCAGCCCAGCCGGCAUCACCAAGAGCAGGAGCCAGGCCCGGAUCAGGAAGCCGCAGAGCCUCAAACGGGAACGCAUGAACAAGGUGGAGACAUCGGCUCACAAGGAGAAGGCGGAGAACAGCCUCGCACUAUGAAUUCAGACCUGCUGGCUGAACAUCUCCAAGAGAUCAGAGCGUUACGCCAGCGACUGGAGGAAAGCAUUCGCACUAACGACCUCCUGAGAGAACAGCUGGAGAGGAAGUUGGCCGAGGUGGAGAAAGACCCAGCAGCCACAAACAUUUUUAUCCAGGGCAGCGAGGAGCAGGGUCAGCUGGUUAAUGAAGUGCGCUUCCUUUGGGAACAAAAUCAAGUGCUAAAAGAGCAGCUCAAUGUGGGAUCUCGAGACAAGCAGAAGGAGAACGAGAAGCUGCGUGAGACUCUGGCGCGGCGGACAGCCAAGCUGGAGCAGAGCAGGAAGGAGAGUGAAGUUCUGCGGAAGGAAAACCUCAGACUGCAGGAGACGCUGGAGCAAAGCAGUCAGGAGAACGCGCUGCUGCAGAACUCCCUGCAGGCCAGCAGAGAAGAGCUGCGAAGGUUGCAGUGUGAGGUGAAGCUCCAGAGGCAGCAGCUGUCCGACUCCCAGCAGCUGCUGCAGUCGCUGCGAGUGGAGCUGCAGGUUUAUGAAAACAUCAAGAACGACUCCAGCCAGCAUGAACGCCGUCAGGAGGCGCCGCAUCCUGUCCCCAUGUCGUCGUCUGGCUCGAUGAACCUGGGAGAGCUCCUGUCCGAGAUCAGACACCUGCGGCUGCAGCUGGAGAGGAGCAUCCAGACCAACACGGCGCUGCGGCAGAGACUGGAGGAGCAGCUGCUCAGAGGACCCGGUCACUCUGAGACCAUCAACAUCAACUACCUGCUGUCGUCUCCAGAUGAAGCGGGCCGGCCACCGGGUCGGGAAGGCUGUGAUCCUCUGCUUCGAUCCUUCCGGACCCACGAGCAAACCAGUGUCUAUCAUGUCUCCUCAGAAGUGAAACAUCAGGCUCAGUCGGAGAACGACGCCGACUCCGUCUGCAGCUCCGAACAGAGCGUCUCCGGCGCUCCUUCCCGGUUGGUCCCUGGCCACCGGAUGUGGGCCACCCGCAACGGGCGCCACGUCCUGGGUUUGAUCGAGGACUACAACGCCCUCCGCAAGCAGAUCUCAGAGGGGAGGAAGCUGUCACGGAGCAUGGACGCACAGCUGCACGAGUGUCUGCACGCGCUCAGACAGCAGGGCUCUGACAACCAGAUGAGAGAAAACCAGCAUUUGAAGAGUUUAUCCAGCAGCAGCAACACCAUGCAGCAGGUGCUGGAGGAGGCCGGCCGGCUGCUCAAGCUGCUAUGGAGGGUCUCUCUGCCGGCUGCCAGCACAGCAGGGGGCAGCGCCGGCAGCCAGCAGGAUGAGCUGCUGAAGAACGAGAUCGCCAGACUGAAGAACAGAUUAUCUCAGCAGGAGAGGAUGCUGAGCGGAGCCGUGAAGCGCCUGCGGACCACCAACCAGCUCAAAGAGGGGAUGGAGAGAGUCAUCAUUGACCAAUUGUCUCUGACUCAUGGAGUGUUGAAGAAAGCUCGGGGGAAUUUAGAGACAAAUUACUGCACCUUGUUUGGGCAGAAAGGCCCGUCUGGAGGAGCAGGUGCAGGAGGUCCCAGUCGGUGUGCAGUAGUGGAGGCUGAGCAGAGAAGUUUUCCUAUUUCCAGUCUGACUGCAGACAGAGACUCUGAUUUAUCGGGUGGAAACAGCGACUGAACCCAACGGAGCUCCUUCGUUUCAACCCGACGUUACCCAGCCUUCAUGUCCCGCUGUAAAACCGUCACCUUGUCCCCCAUAAAUCCAAGCCUUUUUAUACCUGAAUUGCACAACUUUUGCCUUUAUUUUAAUUGUGGUACUAAAGCUGUAAAAGUUUAUUUUAAAACAAUUCCUGUGUAAAUAGCCAUCCGUGCAAUGCAGCAAAAAUAUUUUCCUUUAUCAUUUUUUAUAUGACGAAAGUAUUUUACUACUGUUUUAGCUUGUGUAGGAGCUACUGUGAGACAAAUAUGUUCAAAUGCAGUAAAAAGUAUCAUGAUGAUGAA